GAAACUGAGUUCAUUCAAGAAACAUAAAGUUUAGUUUUCUGACAACUUUUAUAAAACACAAUAAAAUGAAAUUCGCUAUUGUUACCUUCUUCACUUUGGCCUUGGCUUUAGGCGUUCAGUCUUCAGUCCUUCCCUGGGGUGGUGUAGUAACACAAAUUGCUGGUCAUCCUCUGGCACACACAUCCGUUAUAUCCCCACUUGGUUUACCUUUGGGUGCUAUUGCUCUUGGUCAUCAUGGACCAGCUGCUGUUGCUGUACAUCCACCUGCUGCUGUCGCUGUACAUUCUGUACCAGCUGCCGUACAUGUUCCCGCUGCUGUUCCUGCUGCUGUACAUGUUCCCGCUGUUGUUCAUGGUGCCGGUAGUUAUGUUGCCAAAACUCGUGGUGCUAUCCACACUGCUCCCUUGGCCGGUCAUCUUAACUCUGUGGCCAAUGUUAAUGUUGCCCCAGCUCCUGGCACCAUCUAAACUUUGAAUUUCCUCAUUACCACCAUCAACGUAUUAAAGUUUCCCGCCUCUCCAAAAAGUGUGAUAUGAUUUUAAAGAGAAAAAUUUUAUAAUUUUAAUUUGGUUUUAUUGUCAUUUAAUGCAGGGUACAUUUUAAAUUCUAUAGUAUUGUAUAGUCGGCCAUGUCCGGCUAAAUUUUCUUACUUAUUUUAUUUCUUUCUGUAAUUUAUUCUAUUCUAUUUUUCUUCUCUAUUUUCCUUUACUUUUCAUUUUUCUAUUGUUU